UUCCCUCUAAGUGCAGUCCUGAGUGCUCUGUCCCACUGUGGAUUUGGGAGCAGCUCACACAUCUUCCCAGACUCAGGAUCAUCUCCUCGGGGUUUAUUUUUUGCUGUCUCUUUUCCAUAAAACAUUCCUGACAAUCACAGAGCCUGAACAGCGGGAUGCUCCUGGGAAGCCCAGCCCCAUCCCGAAUAUGGAUCCCUGUGUUUUCUCCCCAGGAAAACAUUUUCUCUCCAGCAUCCUGGUCCUGGAAAGCCGCUCAGAGCUGGACGAAAUCUGCCAGUGAAUUUGGGAUUUCCCAGCAGCGGGCUCAGGGAAUCUUGCAGUUGGGUCUGGAAUUCUUUGCAGAGCAUCCCCCAAGCUCUUCCCCCGGAGCAGGGGAAGGGUCCCAGUGCCAAGUGAGGCCGGGCAGAUCCCGGGAUCUGCCGGGGAACACCUGCGAGAGGCACUGGGAAAAGCAAGGAAAUGUUUAGGCUGGGAGGGGACUGUUGACACUGCAGCUCCAGCAGCUGACGCUGGUCAGGGCAGCCUUGCAAUAUUCUGCAUUUUUUAUUGCUCCUCUCCUGGGGGUCAGGCAGAGGGGAAGGAUCAGAUGGGGCUGGCAGGGCUGGCCAGGACAGGGAAGGUGGUGAGGAGGAGCUGUGCUUCGGUCUCAGGGUGGACCUUCCUUGGAGAUUGUGGCCCCAGGAGAUGUUUGAGUGGUGUCUGGAGCCCCACGUGUGCUGCCAGAGGAAAUCUGGAUGAUGUGGAAGUGUUUUGUGCUGGGAGAAGGGAACUCGAGGUGCCCCUGUUCUCCGGGGUGGCUCUCGAGGUGGGGAAUUUGCCUUCCAAGUGCUCCCAGUUCCUGCGUGUCCCCGUCUGGCCGGGUGGGUUUCUGCCAUUCCGUGUUCAUGUCAAACCAGCCUGUCUCUCUUGUUCUGUUUUUAGCAUGGCUGACAAGAACAGCACCCUGAAAUGCACGUUCUCUGCUCCUGGCCACAGCACCACGCUGCUGCAGGGACUGGCCUCGCUCCGAGCCCAGGCUCAGCUGCUUGAUGUCAUCCUCACUAUAAAUAAUGAAGUGUUUCAGGUUCAUAAAGUUGUCUUGGCUGCCUGCAGUGACUAUUUCAGGGCGAUGUUCACGGGAGGGAUGAGAGAAGCCAGCCAGGACGUGAUCGAGCUCAAAGGCGUGUCUGCCAAGGGCCUGAAGCACAUCAUCGACUUCGCCUACAGCGCCGAGGUGACGCUGGACCUCGACUGCAUCCAGGACGUGCUGGGAGCCGCCGUCUUCCUGCAGAUGGUGCCGGUGGUGGAGCUGUGCGAGGAGUUCCUGAAGUCGGCCAUGAGCGUGGAGACGUGCCUCAACAUCGGCCAGAUGGCCACCACCUUCAGCCUGGCCUCCCUCAAGGAAUCCGUGGACGCCUUCACCUUCAGGCACUUCCUGCAGAUCUCCGAGGAGGAGGAUUUCCUCCACCUGCCCCUGGAGCGCCUGGUGUUCUUCCUGCAGAGCAACAAGCUCAAGAGCUGCAGCGAGAUCGAGCUGUUCCGCGCCGCCGUGCGCUGGCUGCAGUUCGACCCGGCGCGCCGCGCCAGCGCCAGCCGCGUGCUCUGCCACAUCCGCUUCCCUCUGAUGAAAUCCUCGGAGCUGGUGGACAGCGUGCAGACCCUGGACAUCAUGGUGGAGGACGUGCUGUGCCGCCAGUACCUGCUGGAGGCCUUCAACUACCAGAUCCUGCCCUUCCGGCAGCACGAGAUGCAGUCGCCGCGCACGGCCAUCCGCUCCGACGUGCUGUCCCUCGUCACCUUCGGCGGCACGCCCUACACCGACAACGACCGCACCGUCAGCUCCAAGGUCUUCUGCCUGCCCGACGCCGGCGGCCGCCAGUUCCGCGAGCUGAGCGAGAUGGAGGUGGGCAGCAGCCACUCCUGCGUGGCCGUGCUGGACAACUUCGUCUACCUGGUGGGAGGGCAGCAGCUGCAGUACCGCAGCGGGGAGGGCGCCGUGGACGUCUCCUACCGCUACGACCCCCACCUGAACCAGUGGCUGCGCAUCCAGGCCAUGCAGGAGAGCAGGAUCCAGUUCCAGCUCAACGUCCUGCGCGGCAUGGUUUACGCCACGGGCGGCCGCAACCGCUCGGGCAGCCUGGCCUCGGUGGAGAAGUACUGCCCCAAGGACAACGAGUGGAGCUACGUGUGCUCCCUGAAGCGCAGGACGUGGGGCCACGCCGGGGCCACGGUGGGGGACAGGCUGUACAUCUCGGGGGGUUACGGCAUCUCGGUGGAGGACAAGAAAGCGCUGCACUGUUACGACCCCGCCGCCGACCAGUGGGAGUUUAAGACCCCCAUGAACGAGCCCAGGGUGCUGCACGCCAUGGUCAGCGCCAACGGCAGGAUUUACGCCCUGGGAGGCCGCAUGGACCACGUGGAUCGGUGUUUCGACGUCCUGGCCGUGGAAUAUUACGUCCCCGAGACGGACCAGUGGACCACGGUGAGCCCCAUGCGCGCGGGGCAGUCGGAGGCCGGCUGCUGCCUCCUGGAAAAAAAGAUUUACAUCGUCGGGGGCUACAACUGGCACCUGAACAACGUGACCAGCAUCGUGCAGGUGUACAACACGGAGACGGACGAGUGGGAGAGGGAUUUGCACUUCCCAGAGUCUUUUGCUGGCAUCGCCUGUGCCCCCGUUAUCCUCCCGCAGGUGACGAGCCAGAGGUGACUCUGGGGGGCUCCUGGGACACGAAACAGCUCCAAUUCCCUGCUCCAGAAGGUCCCUCCUGCUGCUGGGGAGUCCUGGUGAGGCGGUUCCACCAGCAGCACUUGUCAGCCAGGCAGACUGAGCAGAUGUUCCAGCUGGGAAAAGCUUUUCUCUCCUCUCUCUGGGUUUUUGGUUGUUUGUUUUGGUGUUUUUUUUUCUUUCUGGGGGGUGCAUUUUGCCGAUUUCUCGUGUUUUUAACGGCCUCACGCACUGCAAAUGUUGGCAGCUCAGGAGUCACUCAGCACUGGGGUCUUGUUUCCAAGAGAUCAGGUGGGGGUUUUUUAUCAAUAGCUCCAAAAAUUAAAAAUCCUCGUGGGUCGCUUUGUUGGAUUUUUAACAAACAAACAAACAAACAAAAAAAAAAAGCCAAAAAAAUAAAACCCAAACCAAAAGCUGUGUAACACACUGACCUCCAGAAGCAAUAAAAGGACAGUGGGAGCUACAAGAGCUCAGGUGCUUGGGUUGGGAAAGCAGAUCCCUCUUUUCCAAAGGUGACUUUUCCUUUUCUUCCCUUCCUGAAAAAGGGAAUAUUUAUCCCUGCACACCUCUGGUCUUCACUGCUUGGAUCAUGCUGUAAUUCCUCGUCCCCUCCAGCUCCUCUAGUGCAGAAAUUCUCCCUUAAUUGGGGUUUGCAGCACUAAAGCCAUGGUGAAAGCUUGAUUAUAUAUAAACAGGCAUGAUUAUUUGGGUUUAGAAGUGCCAAAAAUUCGGCUGCCCUGGCAAUAAGAGCUCUGCAGUCAGCGAAACCAAGAGCUCCUGCAGAUCCUGGGUCGGGAUUUUCACCUUUCCCAGCACCUUCAUCCCAACUCUUCCUCCGGUAAAGGAGGUGGGUGCUACUCCUUCAGCAGAUGGAAGAUUUUCUUCCCUGCCUUGUGAAUGAGCUCCUUGGCAUCCCAAAAUGAUGGGAGCCCCACUGGAAUGUGGGUUUUUUUUUGUCUUUUUUGUUGUUGUUGUGGUAUUUUAAAUGAAGAGAUCUCUUUAAGAUGGCUCUGUGGUUUUUUUGUAAAAUCUUCACUUGCACAGAACACUUCCUGAACUUUCUCCUCCAAGCCAUUUUCCUUAUUUAAUUUGAGGAAUGAAUUGCAAAAAAAAUCUCUGCUUUUAUCAGGAAUUCCGUUUCCAAGGGCUUUGUUUUGUAUCUGUGUCAGCUUGAUUGGGAUGCACACGGCCUCCUUUUGUAGAGAAGCUGUUGCAUUCCGCUGCGAAAUAAAUCCUGGGCUGCAACCUUUAGUGACAAUUUGUAA